CAAUCCUUGUUCCAGGGUAAUUUUGCGCCGGUCGAAGAGAUCGGCGAUGUGAGAGAGAUAUUUGAUAUUGCAGGAGAGAUUCCAGCAGAUUUUCCAGAGGGUGUUUAUAUAAGAAAUGGUUCCAACCCUCUCUUUGGAGCCCUCCACUCGUCAAGCUCUAUCUUUGGCAAGUCCCAUGACAUAUGGAUCGAAGGAGAAGGCAUGCUCCACGCCGUGUACUUCACCAAGAGCAACAACAACACAUGGUCAAUCAAGUACACCAACCGCUAUGUGCAGUCCGAUACAUUUAGGGUUGAGAAUGGACUGAAGAAACCAUGCUUCCUCCCUGCCACUGACGGUGACCCUCUUGCGAUGCUCAUAGCGGGUAACCUUAAUACUCUGAGGUUCGGAAAGGCUUUCAAGAACAUGAGCAACACCAGCGUGUUUGAGCAUGCUGGGAGAGUCUUCUCAGCAGCAGAAAAUGAUAACCCCCAUGAGAUUGACUUGUAUAGUCUUGGCACACUGGGUAGCUGGAAUGUUGAUGGAGGAUGGAAGAUGCCAUUCACUGCGCACCCCAAGGUAAUCCGUGGAACAGGAGAGUUGGUCAUCUUCGGGUUCAACGUGGAUGCGCCUUUUCUAACGGUUGGAGUCGUCUCAGAUGACGGAAAGAAACUACAGCAGAAGGUUGCUCUCGAGUUAGACAGAUGCACAUAUUGUCAUGAAAUAGGAGUCACUACAAUGUACAACAUUAUUUUAGAUUCUCCACUUACAAUCAACAAGGAAAGGAUGCUCAAAGGUGCUCUGCUGAUUGAAUUCGAAAAGGAUAGCUAUGCAAGAAUAGGUGUCAUGCCCCAUUAUGGUGAUGCAAACUCGAUAACAUGGUUUUACGUACAACCAUUCUGCACGAUCCAUCUUGUCAACUGCUUUGAAGAAGAUGAUGAGGUCGUUGUGAGGGGAUUUCAUGUGCCAGGUUCUAUCAUUUUGGGGCCAAGGAUCAAAUCCAAUCAAGGACUAACCAAGGAAUGUUUUUCUCGCUUGUAUGAGUGGAGACUGAACUUGAAAACAAGGACAGUUGUAGGCAAAUGCUUAACUGGAAAAGAGGUUGCCCUGAAAUUCCCAGUAAUGAAUGACAAAUAUGUUGGCUUGCCUCACAAGUAUGCAUAUGCACAAGUGGCAAAUUCUCCGGCAAAUUUGGCAGGAUCAUGGAAGAGAAUACGACCGAAAUUCGGAGGUUUUGCAAAAUUUUGUCUUCAUGAGAAAGAGGAUGCAACCACCAAGAACAAAGGCAGAGAAGACCGCAUAAAGGUUAAGUAUCAUCACCUUGCCAGAAAUCAAUUCUGCUCUGGAGCAACUUUUGUGCCAAAGGUCAACGGUACAAACGAAGAUGAUGGUUGGAUAGUUUCGUUUGUGCAUGAUGAAGGGACAAAUAAAUCAAAAGUGCACAUCAUCAAUGCACAAACAUUUGAGUAUGAGCCUAUUGCUAAGAUAGCAUUGCCGCAAAGAGUGCCAUAUGGAUUUCAUGGAGCAUUUGUAUCAAAAAGUACAUGA